AUGGCAGAGCUCGAUGGCAAGUUUGACCCAUGGAUCGUGGACCGGAACAAUGUCGCUCGCUGGCGGCAUCCAGACAUUGUACUUGGUGCUGAGCCGAGCUGCGACGUUGAUGACUUCGGGUCCAAUGGAAGUAUUGCCUCUAGCGGCGAAGAGUCGUUGGAUGCGGGUCCUGAGGACGACGAUCACGAGUGCCCCGAGGAGCCUGCACUGGGCCUGGAGGAAGAACACAGCAUCGACGAUCACGUCUAUUUCGGAGCGCCCGGCGACGUGCACAACGUGAGAGGCGCUUGCAGCAGGCAGCGCUGGAGACCGAGCAAGAGGAGUCCGAGGAUCAGCAAGAAAUCAGGAUGGCCCAGAUGGCACGGGACCGAGCACGCCAGCAGUGGCAACGGCUACGUAAGAGCGUGGGAAGAGCAGCGCCAGCGGCAACGAAAGCAGCAGCAGCCGCGGAAGAAGCGCAAAGCACGAGACAUCUCAGAAGACAACCCUCAUCCACCCAAACCGCAGCCGACCGAUCAAGAGUGCAAGGUAUUCUUGGACGAUCUUACCAACGGGAUUCAUGGCCCAAUGGCCGGGAAGACGCCUUGGGACGCAGAUGAAACACUGCACCUGCUGCGGAUGUGUGAAGGUGCAAAGAAACUGACGGUGCAUCAGAUGAAGGAUGAACACGAAAUCAAAUACCCGGCCAAGCAGCGCACCUACAAGGCGAUCUCAAAUCGUAUCUUCAUCUUGAGGCGCUUUGGCGUCUCGGCGGAGGCUCUCUCACUUCGGCUCGAAACUGCUUGCGGAGGGCCGGCAGAUAUGGAGGUGGCAGAAGCCGUGGAUCAGCGGGAAGGCAACAGAGAAGGAGAGGACGGUGACCGUGGUUUCCGACUUUUCUACGCAAUGUCAUGUCACGCAUGUCAGAUGUCCGGGGCAAAGUGCGGCCGCCAGCCGUGCUCGGCUUGCGCUUCGGCAGGAAUCGAGUGCAAACGCGAACUGCUCUCUCGCCGCGCUCGGUCGAGCAACGACUACGAGCAGCACGUCGUUCUGAAGUGUGGUGACUGUGGAGCCGGCACCAAAUUGCACCUUGCUCCAGCACCGCGACACAGGGAAAGAAACAAAAAGGCGUUCGAAAGGAGUCGGUACGAUGGAGCCAUCCGCUUGGCCGAGACGGGAUUCCGGCCCACGUCAGCGAGCGAUCGCCGAAUUGUUCAGCGAAAGCUCGGUUUCCUCAAAGCGAAUGGCCUGCUGCCACGUUUGAGCAACGAUUUCGAGUUAGGAGGGAUGGCAGGCAUUCUCAACAGCGAGCUCGAGUGUUGCGAAGCAGGUCGAGCUCGCCGUGAAGCUACCUCACGGACGAUGCGAAGCUUCUUGCCCGUCGAAGACAUCAAGAGCAUCAGCAAGAAUGGGCUGGCCCAGCUCGCACUUGCCGUGAGCGAGAAUCGAGCAGGAAUUCCGGUGCGAGCUUCUCAAUUCACUGUUGAGCCGGAAGAUGCCACAAAGCGAUCGGCCCCUCGCGGCUCUGCAAGAUCGAUGUCCGAGCUGGAGCCUACAUUUACCGGUCCUCGCAAGGUCAAUAGACCCCUCUCGGGAUACUGCACCGCGCUGGAAUUGUUCCGCAGCCAAUGGCGCGCACAAAAGACCUCUCCCGUCACGUCGUCGAUCGCGCUGCCCCGGCAAACCACCGUCGAGCUGAAUCGUCACUUCGAGACAAUCUACAUCCAGCCGACCAAAGAUCGCAGUCUGCGCGGCCACAUCAAUUUCCUCGUUUCCAGAAAAUGCCCUUGGAGUGAAGAGCUGCGCGGCGGCCUGGACAUUUAUGCCCUGUUCGGCGCGCCCAUGGAGCUGAUCCACGACUUUCACAUCCCACAUCUUGACGACGACUUUGACACCAUUUUCGACCACGACAACACUCCUCUCGCGCACCAGCGACAUUCUCCGACAUGCGCUCACAGUGCUGACGGCCGCAGCGCUGGCGACCACUGUGACAUCAAUACCACGCGGCCAUCAAUCAGACUCGGCCUGGAGAUGGCGCUCGUCAGCAAACGCCUCGCGAAAGAUGGCGGCGGUGGCGUUGAGUCCUCGAGCACCGAGAUGAAGCCCUGGAAUCGAGAUGACGGGCUGGCUGUUGCAAGCGAUGUGUUCCGCACAUUAUGCCGCACAGACGACCAAUUGAUGACGCCCGAUAUGAUGCCGGAUCCUGCCGGCAGUCUGCUGGAGCGGUCCAUUGCUGUAAAGCACAACAGCCAUGGAACCACAUUGUUUACCCUUCUGUCUUCCGUCCAAAGUCCCAUCGCGAGUGCGGAGCGGCUCUGGUUUGUCGCAGAGGUUGACCUGACAGCACCACCGAAGGCCUUCACAUACACCUCGGCGCCUCCAGAGGCACGACCAACGGCCGCCCGUCGCAGGAUAGACAAGGCGGAGCCGGGCAGCGUCAGCUACGUCUCGGCGAGCGGGUAUCUUCGCUCGUUGCAGGCGGACCUCGAGGCAAUGCAGGUCGCAGGGAAUUUACCACAUGUGAGGACAUGGGCGGACAAGGUUGUGGCGGACUGCGAUGCGGAAAUCGACACCAUCGAGCGGGACCGAGAGAGUGCACUUGCAGAAAUCAGGAACGCCUUCUCCGAUGCCGAACGCUGGAUAAGCGAAGUGUGA